CGCGACUCGCAACAUAUUACCCACACACACACACACCUCCCUGCAAAGUCGGCGGGUGCAAGUGUCCCUUGGUAUAUAUAAAAACAACACCCCCGAUCGAGCUUUGGAUCAGCUGGUUGGCGAAACGGAACGUCAGCUGUACACACAUCUGCGUGCGUGCGUCGAAGCUUUCCGAGCUUGACAAUAACCGGGAGAUUUUGCGCGCUGCAGCAUCCUCCUCCUCCUCCUAUUACUACUACUCCAAGCAAAGGAGUCAAGGUCGGUGUGCACCCCCUUCGCCGUUUCAUUUGGGGGCACGUGUUGUACGUCAUACACCCGUUACCAAGGUUGGGAUAGAUAAAGCUCGCUCGGCGUAUUAUUGCUAUACCGUACAUCGGGAGCACUGGAGCAGGAAGGACGACACCUUUUUGGAGCCCUGCCAACUGGAUCGCUGCAGCGGUAGGACAGGGAGCUGCGGAUUGAAUCGAAUCGUCAUCCCACUCCCACCCUUCCUGGCUGCCGAUUUCUUCUUCUCGUGAUCUCGUUUUUUUGUUUUUUUUGUUUUUCGUAACUCCUUGCUUUUCGGACUUGACGGGGGAGUAUCUAUGAUGGCUACCUACGCAGCUUACAGGCACGUCGAGCUCGACAACGUUGGAUACGGGAAAAAGAGGGUACUGAAGCCCCCAGGUGGCGGUAGCAGCGACAUCUUCGGCGCCGGUUCGGAGACAAACAGCCCUCGCAGGGUCAAGCAGCACCAGCAGUCGCAGCUCGGCGCCUUCUUCAACGGGGGUGACAAGCCGGGCCAGCAGCAGGACACGUCCUCGUCGAACGGAAGCAGCGCACCGGAGACGCCGCGCAGCAAGCCCGCAUUUAGGAGAAUCAAGCGAUUUCGAGGAUCGUCCUGCAUACCGCGCAAUCCGGUCACCGGUGAUGGGGUCGACGUCAAGCCUCACGCGUCGAGGCGUAUGAUACGCAGGACCAAAGAAGGCAAUCCGGUGACGGGCACUGGCUACGAGAACUCGGCUGGCCAGCAGAACGGCACCAUAAGCGGCAGCGCAUCCAGUGCCGGCAGCGAAAAAUCCAGCACCGACUCGUCGCCCUCUGCCGGCCUCCGAAUGAAGAAACAGCGUGUGCCACCCGGCGGCUUCUCAUCCGGACUCUGGUAAACCCUCCGACCAGCGCACCCACCAUCCUCCGCCCCAUCCCCUAUAUCCGUGUGUGACAAGGAAAACAAAGAAAAUUACAAGCGUAAAAAGAAAAUACGAAGGGGAACACGUACACGAACGGAAUGAGGAGAGGAUUCAGCAGCAGAAUCGCGAGACGAAGAAUCGAUUUGAUAUAUAUACAUGUUAUGAUGAUGAUGAUAAUAAUAAUAAUAAUGCAUACACAUAAACAUAUACUUAAAACGGACAUACUUUCAUUGAUUUAUUAUUUUUUUGUCACUGCUAUCACUAUUGCUAUUUCUAUAUAAUUAGCAUUGUCAAUGUUUAAUUUCACGCGCGUAAGACAUUCAAAAAAAAUAAAUAAAAAAAUCUUGUCGUUACAUAAUUCCAAUCGGCAGUUAUCGCUGUAUUGUUGUGCGUACAUGACAAUAUCUCUCUUUUUAGUAGUGUUUAUGUACUAUUAUUACGUUGCGAUCAGAGAUUUUCCGACAAAUUUCAUGUUCAUCGUGUAUGGUCGAUGGUGAUUGAAUGCGCGAAUUUCGACGGCUAAAGUUAUCGAUAGUUGUGUAACAUUGUACGCGAAAAACAAAUACAAAGAGUUUACGAUCGAUUUGCGUUUUUUUUU